AUGACCGACGUCCGUGAGCGUGGCGUAGGCUACGUGCCCGCGCUCGCGCACAAGGACCCGCGCUCAGGCUUCGUCGCGCUGCAGCAGCGCCUGCGCCAUGCGCGCGUCUUCCACGACCACCUCGCCGACUUUAUGGCCGCACAGUGCGAGGCGGAAGAGGCCUACAUCAAGCACCUGCAAAAGGCGGCGAAGCGCUUCGGCGAUCCCGCUCACAUACCCAUCGAGUAUAGGCCCGUGUACGCGUGCCUCGUCGAUCAGUUCGGCCAGCUCGCACAGCUGCACACCGUGUUCGCACGCCAGCUCCAGCGGCAGCACGACAUGCUGCACACGGCGCCCGCCCACGGCGCAUGGUCGGCACUCGCGCGGCACGACGAAGGCAUGGCGCCAUCGAUCCGCGAGCUCCAGUCCCUCGAGUCGCACCUCGCGAAGGACCAGCGCAAGGUCGAGCAGAAACGCACGCCGGCGGCGCAGUCCAAGCUCGACGCCACCCAGGAGGCCCUGCGCCGCGCCCAGGCAGCAUGGCAGAGCCGCGCGCCUAUCGCCCUGCAGGCGUACGAGGCCGCCGACUUGGAGCGCCUGACGAUGCUGCGUGACGCUGCGAUCCACCUCGCGAAGGACCAGAGCGAGCUGGCGCGCGGCCUGUAUGACAUGGCCCGCACGACGGCGCAGGCGGCCAAGGCUUUCGAUCCGCGCGCGGACAUGGCCCGCUUCGUCGGCGUACAGCAUGCGCCCCACGGCAUUGCGCUGCCGUCCGAGUACAUGGACGCCUCGCACCGCUCGCAAGCCGCGCCCGCGGCGAUCGAGACGCCGCCCCAGGUAGGCCCUCGCGAGGCGCGUCCUAUGCCGCCACCUGCGCCCACGGCGAUCGAGACGCCGCCCGCGCCCCACGCGCGAUCCCAGGAGCUGCCGCCCGCACCCCCCGCACCGCCGCAAGCAAUGCCCCAGGAGGUACCCUCGGCGCCGCCUUCUGCGCCUCGCGCCUCGCAUCUCAGCUUCCUGCCCCCCGACGACGCCGCAGAAAUGACGCGCAUCCGCGAGCAGCUCCGGCAACACGCGCGUCCCUCGUCGUCCCGACGCCGCGAGUUCCGUGCAUCUUCGUACGACGUGUCGGAGCACGCGCACCACCCGAUCGUCUCGCCCAUCAUCGGCAGCCCCUUCACCUCGCCCAUGACCGAGGCAUGGCACGAGUCAGCGCCGCCUACGGUGCCAGAACGCGAAGCGGCGCCUGCACCCGUCCCUAUCGACAUCGGCGUGUACGAACGCAUCCAUGCCGUGUGGCGCCAUGGCCUCCUCGAUCAGGUCCGCGUCGUCGGCGAAGUGCGGCUCGCUGCGCCCCGGCCAGUCCGCGCCGUCCUCCGCCUGGCAGGCGACGCCGGCGCUCAGAUCCACGCGGCCGCCGGCGUGACGUGCACGGCCCCGCACGUCUACGAGCUCGAUGUCGGCGACGACAUGUGCGCCCUCGAGUAUGAAGUCCCUCUCGAUCACGGCGACCAGGUCGUCCCGCUACUGCUCCAGACGCAGUGGCGGUGCGAGGCCCAGCAAAGCUUGGUCCUCGUCACGCACCGCCCGAACCCGGCCGUGCCGCCCGCCGUGACAGCCGCGCUCCAGGACGUGUCGUUCCGCAUAUCGCUCCCGAGCGACGCGCACGUCACGGGCGGCGUCAUGAGCGAGCCUAUCGGCGAUUGGGACCCCGCGACGCACACCCUGUCCUGGCACGCGCACGCGCUCGAAGGCCGAAGCGCCGUGCGCUUCCCGCUCGCGACACAGGGCUCGCCGCAAGACGUGCACGCAUCCUGGCGCCUUCCCGCCUACACGAUGAGCCCGCUGGACGUGCACGUCGAGGCGGCCGGCACGCCGCUCGCCGUCGCUCCGAUGCAGCGCCUGACCCUCGCCGGCCGCUACCAAGUCGUUUCAUAG